GUGGGGGGAAUUGUUUCCCCCGUGGCAGAAAGAUCAUCCAGGAAGAAUCCGACGACGAUGAUAACGGAGACGACGAUGCCGAAGGGGAGACCGACGAUGAGCUGAUGGAUUCCGAUGACGAUGGAACCACCCCCAACUUUUGAGCAGGACUGGUACGCCAGACAUGAGCCGCUUGACCAACCGUCAGCUCACCAGAAUGGGAGACAUCACCACCGCAGAACUGCUGGAGCUCCCGAGUACUUUCGAAAAGCCGCGCGCCAAUAAGGCGGUGACGCUCUCUGCCCAAGGGCAGGAGCUCAGGAGGGCUGAAAUGGCUCGCCGCCGCAAGAACCUCACCGACCAGAAACUGGAAGAGGAGAAGAUGGACACGAUCCACCGCCUCCUCAAGAAGCAGACCCCCAAGAUGCGUGGCAAGGGCAGGGCCACUAGUGAUGCUACCCCCGCGGACCAGGCCGACUCACUCAUGGGAGAUGGCCCGCAGCGCCCGCCGAUCAUGACCUGCUGGGUCCGCAACAAGAAGUAGACGACACCCGGAUUAGAAAUUCUACUUCUUGAUCGACCGAAUCGUUUCGACUUUGCUAUCGGGGUGCUUUGGGGGUAUGAUUUCCCCCAACCCUUCGGGGAGUUCGACCAGAUGUUGUCUGAGUGCGUCUCAGCGGCCACUGACCAGCCCCAUGAGGGCCGUUAUACGCAGCCGCGGCCCGUCGUCGCUGCC